UCAUAUAUCGAUAAAGGAAUUAAACAUCCGAUCUUCCCAGACCUACCGUAACCAUGGCCACGGGAAAGAUACAGAAGUUUCUCGCAGCAAUGGAAGCCGUCUAUGGAAAUCUAGGAAAUCUAGAAGCCCGAGCCCUGGGCACCUGGAUCCCCCCACCGAACUCAGGCGGCCACCGCGGCCGAUACCUUUGGACCGACGCAUUCGGGGUCGUCAACUUCCUUACCCUACACAAAGAGCUCAACGAGGAUAAGUAUUUGAUACUUGCCAAGAGACUCGUCGUGCGCGUCCACGAUAUACUUGGAUGGACACGAGAUGGUAAAAGCCGUCUGCCAGGAGCGACGGAUGAUAAUACUUUGGGGGGCGGAUUGAGAAUAGGGAAAGAAGAGGCCAGUGGGCCAGAUGGUGACGGGCAAUACCAUCACUAUCUGACACUUUGGAUGUUUGCUCUUAAUCGUCUGUCUAUUGCCUCGGGCAUGGAGACAUACAACGAUCAGGCAAUAGCCCUGGCUCGUGCGAUCCACCCGAGGUUUUUCAUCGACAGAACAUCUCCGUCCGCGCGAAUGGCGUGGAAAAUAUCAAUGGACAUGUCUCGGCCUCUGGUAUCGAGUCAGGGGCGUCUUGAUGCUACGACCGGGUUCGUGGUCUAUCGACUGCUGCAGGCGGCGGCGAAGGAGCCCAAUGUUUUGGAGACAGAGAUUGCGGAUUACCAGAAAGUUAUGAGACUUCGUGAUUCAGUUGGCGCUACUCAUGAUACCCUGGAUCUUGGGAUGGCACUUUGGAUAGCGCAUUGGUUUGCAGGGACAGACCAGUGGGCCGAUCAGCUCGGUGAAAAUUGUUUAAUAGCGAUAAACGCAAUCUUUGGCGACGAAAGAUACAAGACAAGAGCUGUGCCGCAUCGCCUUGCUUUCCGGGAAUUUGGUGCUUUGAUGGGUGCGAAAUGCUAUACUCACAAUGCUGAUGUGGUGACAUUGACCGAUUCGGUCAUCGAUGUGUGGAUUGAGGUGUGGAGUGAGUUUAUAAAUACGACUGUGGAAGACCUAAGGCCCAUUACUAUGGUCAUGUACAGCGCUGCACUGCUAUCUACUGGCUUUGAAAAGAAUGGCUUGAAGCCAGAGCCUGGGAACCCGAAGUAGUACUAACCAGGUUCCAGCUAUUACAUAGUAUUUUCUUUCACCAUUUAUACACAAGAUAAUAGUUUUCAUAAAAUAACUCAACUGUCAUAAUAUAAUCAACACUGCACACGCAGCAACAAGCCAUAAAAGCUAGCCCCUCAGUCCCGUGCGAGUAUUAUACACGCGUCAAGAUAGCAAUGGUAAAAUGCCAGCCCACGCCAUGACAAAAAAAACCCCCAAAAAAGGCAUUUGCCACCGCGAAUAGGCACCGUAAAACUCCCUCCCAUAUGAUAACGCCUCGGAAAGCGCUUUUUCUCCCCGUUCCCCUAGCAUCCACCAAAUGCAAGCAAACAAGAAAACACACUAAUCAACCACCACAAAACCUACCUCGUCUCCCCUCCCCAAACCCCCAAGAACCCGCCCCUAGUCAUAGUAGCCGGAUCCCAGCU